UUUGCGUGCCCACGAGCAGUGCGAGAGUAGAUUCCCUUCUUUAAAAGCUGGUAGAGGCUGCUUUCAAACAACUGAUGAGCAGGAAGUGGAGCAUCCCUGCAACCACCUUAUGCAUUCUUUCCUUCUUUCAAUAAUUUUAAAACCCAACCAGCUUGUCAGAAUUUGAUCCAUUGCAAAGAACGUUUCAUGAUUCUAACCAAGAAACCACUGUCUCCAUUUUCCCACUGAUCUUCUUCAGUCUCCAAAAGAGUGGGAGCUAGAAGGAAAACCCUUCUGCUCUGCUCCCCCUGGUCCUCCCCCAAAAGGAAACUAUUGACGGAAGAUUUUUUUGUUAGUUUCCAGCUUGCCUUCUAUCACAACUUUUUUCUCAAGUGGAGUCUUCUGGGCACAAAUCUUCUAAAAGGAGUUUCCACAAAUCAACAGCAUAACAACCAAGUGCUGUAUGUGUUACUGGCAAAUCCGGAAAGCAGUUCCCGGUGCAGUUAGAGUGUUUAAACAGCACUGUCAGGGGGUCUGUUCGUUCUCCACGCUACCUGUUCUCUCAGCAUUUCAGGAAUCCCACUUCUCAACGGUACGGUUCAUCUCGACAGCCAGGGAGAGAGCCUGGAUGCUCAAGUUGGGGAAUGGCGGUCAAUGUGUAUUCUACCUCGAUAACCCAAGAGACUAUGAGCAGACAUGACAUCAUCGCAUGGGUUAAUGACAUAGUAUCUUUAAACUACACAAAAGUGGAACAGCUUUGUUCAGGGGCUGCCUAUUGCCAGUUCAUGGACAUGCUCUUUCCAGGCUGCAUUAGUUUGAAGAAAGUAAAAUUUCAAGCAAAGUUGGAGCAUGAGUAUAUUCACAAUUUUAAACUUCUGCAAGCAUCGUUUAAGCGAAUGAAUGUUGAUAAGGUGAUCCCAGUGGAGAAGCUGGUGAAGGGGCGUUUCCAGGACAACCUGGAUUUCAUUCAAUGGUUUAAGAAAUUCUAUGAUGCUAACUACGAUGGGAAGGAGUAUGAUCCUGUAGAAGCACGGCAAGGGCAAGAUGCGAUCCCUCCCCCCGACCCUGGCGAACAGAUCUUCAACCUGCCAAAAAAGUCUCAUCACGCAAACUCCCCCACCGCAGGUGCGGCUAAAUCAAGUCCGGCAUCUAAGCCGGGAUCUACACCUUCUCGUCCCUCAUCAGCCAAAAGGGCUUCGUCCAGCAGCUCAGCAUCCAAAUCUGAUAAAGAUUUAGAAACACAGGUCAUACAGCUUAAUGAACAGGUACAUUCAUUAAAACUUGCCCUUGAAGGUGUGGAAAAGGAAAGGGAUUUCUACUUUGGCAAGUUGAGAGAGAUUGAGCUACUCUGUCAAGAGCAUGGGCAGGAAAACGACGACCUCGUGCAGCGACUAAUGGAAGUCCUCUAUGCUUCGGAAGAACACGAGGGUCACCCGGAAGAGCCGGAGGCAGAGGAACAAGUCCACGAACAGCAGCCCCAGCAGCAGGAAGAGUACUGAAGGGUCCUGGCAGCUCUCAACUUCGACUUUGCGUGGGAACUUUUCUUCUGGAGAAACGUGUGGCCUCCAGCUCAACAGAAACCAGUUGUUCCCAGUCUGCCAUUAACACCAACGCACUGUUGCAUACGCCCGCCACGGCGCUCGGUUCCCGUUUCCUUUGCCAAGACCCAUUAGCAGCCGGCCGUGUGGUGGCCUACCUGAGAGAUCGUGGGGUCACACAUCUUCUACUCACUUGGCUGCUUGAGAUUGAUUCUGCUCUUUUCAUUUCUUUCCAGAACAACUCUCCCCACCCCACCACCACCAACACCCCCUUUUUAUCCUGGUGUGAAACAAUGGUAAUUUGAUAUAUGGUAUUUAUAUUGGCAUUUCUCAACCCAGUGUCACUAGAUGUCACACAUUUGUGGUGCUUUGAUGUUUGCAAGUCUAACCUCUGAACAUAAAUUUGGUCAAAUAAUAAAUUGGAACAAAGGGAAAGAGAUACUUGAUAUGAAAGCCAUAAGGACAGUGACUUGUUUUAUAGGGAAAACCAGUUUCUCCCUCUACUCCCACCACUUAAGGGAAAAAAAAAAAAAGAAUCAAAACUAGGACUUCAGGGCCCAGUGUUUCUCCCUGAGCAUGUUAGACAAACUCACAGUUAGUUUUGAAAGACAUUCACUCAAGGACAACACCAUCUCAACUUAGCUCUCCAUCUGCUUGCCCCACCCCACCUCCCCCUCCCAGGUUCUCAUGCUGUUUUCUUUCUCAGGGUCCUCUUUGGUGGGCAGCCCCUCUCCCUGUGAGCUGUCAGUAAGCUACAGUCCAGAGGGGGUCUGCGUAGGUCCCGGUCCUCCUGCCUCUCUGCCCAAAGCCUGUCCUCCACGCUAGGGGACUCCUCCUGUAGAAUGCCCUGAGGGUGUGCGGCCCGAGAGCGUGAGCAUCAGGGUUCCGCAGUGAGCUGCACACUCGCCGGAAGUGAAGACCACCUUACUAGGAGCAUCAUUCCAAGGGAGACGCCAGCUUCCCAAGUCUGGUGUUGACACUGGAAUGACAGCACAGGAAACUCUAGGACUCCCAAUACCUUCUGGAAUAAGGAAUCUCCCCUCGUUCAUACUGUGGCCCUCCUUGUCAUUGACCUUUGAUAACCUUGGCAAUUCAUAAAGAGAGGAAACAUUAAUGAAUUAAAAGCAUUCCUUAUUUUUUUAACAAAUAUUUGCACAUUUUCUUAGUAUCUUUCCAAAUCUGCCUCUUUUAUUCCUUUGACAGAUGGUAUCCCUUCCUGGAUCAUUCAUUUCACUUGGUUUCUAACUUCAGAUUUACUUCACUUGUUAUUUGACUUAGCAGGUGCAAGCCAAACAAGUGUGCCCACCCCACUUGCCUCCUAACUGAAAAGCUUAAAAUAAAUUUCUGAAUUAUGUAUCCUAAA